GUGCCCGGACGGGAGUGGGCAGUGUGGCCUUGCGCGGCCGGGCAGCGGCCCCGGGAGCUCGAGGCGCCUGGCCCUCCGCUGUCGGCCCGUGGGGACCGCCCGCCCUCAGCCUGCAGAAGGGGUUGGCCCCGGGGUCCCUUCCUCCCGGAAGGAGCCAGGCGCAGCCUGACGACCCCCUCGCUUUGGUUUUGGCCCUGGCGCCAGACUGAACUGCCACCUCGCACGUGGUCCCCGGGAUAGAAGCGCCUUUAAAACAGCCCCGGGACGCCCCCCUGCACCACGGAGGCGGCUCUGUGCGACCACCCGCCUGCCCCGAGAACCGCCGGCGGGGCGCCCCCAGUGUCCGCCCCGCCCAGCGGCCCGUCCCGGCCGCCUCGCCCCUCGCGUCUGACUCCAGCUGUCGUCGGUCUCCAGAGUACGUGUUUUUGAGUAUUUACCCCUCAUCGUCCCCGACACCUUACACACUACCGGGGCUCCCAUGAAAAAUUCCUAAAGCACUGAAUGUGUGAGGCAGUGCGGUGAAGCCGGGAGGGAGGCGCUGCCGCCCAGACAGUAGAAACUCCGUUAGCUGGAACCAGCACCAGAGGCCCCUCCGCUCUGGUCCGUGCAUGAGAGGGCGAGGGGCCACGAGCUCCUGCAGGGAAGGCCAGAGUUCCCACUGUGGAGAAGUUCAGGGGCGACGUGACACUUCCCCUGCCGAGUGGACCAGGAGCCAGCCACGCUGCUGGGAGCCCGGGAGACCAGGGACAGCCGUGGCUGCUGGAACUGGAGGGAGGAACAAAGGAGGGCUGUGGCUCUUGGUGGCCAGGGCCAGCUGAAGAAACGGUGCAGGCCACGUGGAAGGAGGUGACAAGGGAGCUGCCUGGCUGGGCCUCCCCUGCCACCGGGACAAGCCACCCUCCACAUGGCCUCCAAGCCAGCUGCUGGGAAGAGCCCGGGGGAGAAGCGCAAGCGGGUGGUGCUGACCCUGAAGGAGAAGAUGGACAUCUGUGCACGCCUGGAGAGGGGCGAGAGCAGGCGGGCGCUCAUGCAGGAGUACAAUGUGGGCAUGUCCACCCUAUACGACAUUAAGGCCCACAAGGCCCAGCUGCUCCGCUUCUUUGCCAAUUCCGACUCCAGCAAGGCCCUGGAGCGGCGGCGCACCCUGCACACGCCUAAGCUGGAGCACCUGGACCGCGUCCUGUAUGAGUGGUUCCUGGUGAAGCGUGCUGAGGGCGUGCCUGUCUCGGGCCCCAUGCUCAUCGAGAAGGCCAAGGACUUCUACGAGCAGAUGCACUUAACUGAGCCCUGCGUGUUUUCCGGCGGGUGGCUUUGGCGGUUUAAGGCCAGGCAUGGGAUUAAGAAGCUGGACGCAUCCAGUGAAAAGCAGGUGGCUGACCACCAAGCAGCCGAGCAGUUCUGUAGCUUUUUUCGGAGCUUAACUGCUGAGCAUGGCCUGUCCCCUGAGCAGGUUUACAAUGCCGAUGAGACCGGCCUCUUCUGGCGGUGCUUGCCAAACCCCCCUCCAGAAGGUGGGGCGGUGCCCGGUGUCAAGCAGAACAAGGACAGGCUGACUGUCCUUAUGUGUGCCAAUGCCACGGGCUCCCAUAAAAUCAAACCCUUGGUGAUUGGAAAAUGCAGCGGCCCCAGGGCUUUCAAAGGCAUCCAGCACUUGCCAGCGGCAUACAAGGCCCAGGGUAACGUGUGGGUGGACAAGGAAAUUUUUUCUGACUGGUUCCAUCACAUUUUCGUCCCUUCGGUGAAGGAGCACUUCAGAACGACAGGUCUGCCUGAAGACAGCAAAGCCAUCCUCCUGCUGGACCACUCCCGGGCCCACCCUCAGGAGGCCGAGCUGGUGUCUGACAACAUCUUCACCAUUUUUCUGCCCGCCAGUGUCACUUCCUUGAUCCAGCCCAUGGACCAGGGCAUUCGAAGGGAUUUCAUGCGGAAUUUCAUCAACCCUCCUGUCCCGCUGCAGAGCUUCCAUCCCCGUUACAACAUGAACGAUGCCAUAUUCAGCGUGGCCUGCGCCUGGAGUGCUGUGCCCAGUGACAUUUUCAGCAGGGCCUGGAGGAAGCUGUGGCCCGCGGUCCCGUUUGUGGAAGGCUCGUCUUCUGAGGAGGAGCUUGGACACCUCAGAACUAAGCCUCGUGAUCCGACUUUCGCGCACAUCCUUGAGCUUGGGAGAGAGGCUCCGUGCCGCCCGAGCAGCAGGCUUCACCGGAGCCUGGCCCCUGAGCACCGCGGGCCCGGACUGGACGCUGGAGAGGGGCAUGCCGCCACUGCAGGGCUGGCCCCGGCCGUGGGGACCUUGGAGCAGGCUGAGAAGGACAGCGAGGAGGCGGCCUGGGAGCAGGCGGCCUUGGCCUUCGAUGCUGUGGUGCGCUUCGCAGAGAGGCAGCCUUGCUUCACGGCGCAGGAGGUGGGGCAGCUGCGGGCACUGCGCUCGGUAUUCGUGAGGCAGCGGCAGGUGAAGCGGCGGCGCAUGGCACUCAGGGCUGUGGUCAAACUCGAAGCCCCCCAGGAGUGCUCCCCCCUGCCCUGCUCGUCCUUGGUGGGCAACCACUGACAGUGGGCUGCACUCCGCAGGGCUGUGGCUGUGAGGCCAGGCCAGGCGCUGGUGGAGAGCCUUACCCAGAGGGCGAGCGCCUGAGCUUGGUGUCAGUUACUCAGGAUAGCCCAGCCCCCCGUGUGCAGUUCAUAAGCUCCUACCUGUCCCACCACGUGAAUGUGAGAUGUUCAGAGGGGCCCCCCAGACCUCCGCAUACCAGCACUGCCUGUGGCCAGAAUCCAGGAUGAGCUGGGCAGACUGGCCUUAUGUUUGCUGAGCCUUCCUGUGUCUGAGGGUGGAGAUAUCUGUCUGUCUGUCCAGUAUGAGAAAGGCCGGCCCUCAGGCCGGCCAACAGAAGUCCCUGCUGCCCCUUGACAAGGUUAGCAUCUCCUCCUCGGGGCUCAGCCUGCUGGUCUGGUAGCCAUCCCUGAGGUAGGUAUGCCCCAAGGGCAGGUGGCAAAGGGCUGGGUCAGUGUUGGACCUCAGUGGCAUAGCCCCUGCUCGUGUCCUUACAGGCAACGGGUCACCACCCUGUUUGUGUGACCUCACUCAGCAUGUGGAAAGGUCCUGCAUUUUACUGGUAGGUAAAUCCCUGUGGGCCGGAAUCCCAACGUGGAGUGGGCCGCACGCGGUGUUGGUAUGGGAGACUUGCUGCUUGUAAUUGUAGGAGCGACCAAGUGGGCCUGCCUGUUGCCUCACUGCAGGGCCACGAGGCUCGGCCUAUGUUUUGCAGCGUGGCUCCAAGUCCAGGGUGCAGUCUGCUGUCCACAUUCCCCAGAGCUCUGCAUUUACGGCCUUUAUGUUAAUAAAUGUUGAUCAGCCUCUGAAGUCAGCCUUAGAUUUGCACAUGCAUAACAAAAGCAGUAAGGCAGGCUGCACGUCCCCUAGUAAUGUGCAGGAAGGUUGGCGUACAGGGGGUCACGUGAAAGCUGCCUUUGUUCCUGAGAGCUGUGGGGCUCGUGCGUUCGGCCUGUAGGCCACCUCUCUGGCACUUGUACAUCCUCCUGAACACGCUGGUGGUGGUCAGCGCUGACAGGGCCCCACGCUGCGGACCUGUGUGUUGUGCUGUGCGUGUGCAUCUGAAUGCUAGAAACCUACAGGCCGUGUUCAGAGACUCGUGGCCAGUUCUUUGGGCCAGGUCACGUCCUCGCUGUCAUGUCUGCUUCCUUCGCAGGUUGGGGAAGCGUCUGUGCACUUGGGCACUUUUUUGUCACUUCCAGACUCAUGUGCCCCUGGUGAUGUUGAAUUGCAGCCGCUUGAGGUGUCAGGAGUCACACAGGAGUCACAGGGGUGCUGACCUUGCUGCCAGGGGUGGGUGGCAUGGAGGGACCGACGGGCUGGGAAGCAGUCCGGCCCUCUGCCCAGUGCGGCAGCAGGUCCUGAGUGGGUGGGUAAAGCCGGGGAGGGUGGAUGCAGGCGGCGUUGUGGCUGGCCCUCCUGGGUGCCCUGUGGGUGCUCCAUCUUGUCAGACCAUAGGCCCAGGCUCUUGACUCUUGUCAUGCCCGCAUGAGCUCUUCUGUCUGACCAUGUCAUGGCCAAUCAAUAAAUGCUUGUCAGCGGACCUCCAGAGCACUGUGUGGGAGCACCCAGCCCAGGGCCCUCCAUCCUGUGCCCCCGGCCCAGCCUGCACUGGCAGUGUGUGUGUGGCCUUUUGGGGGCUUCUCCAUACCGCUGGCAGAGCCUCCUCCCGUCCCUGCACGCCCCUCACAGAGUGGCAGUGUGCCAGGUGCCUUCAUAGGGGCUGUGCACCUCAUGCCCACCUCCCUCCUUGGGGCAGGCAGUGCCAGUGUGCAGGACUCGGUGGACCUCUUCCUAGGACUAUUUGUCCAUCUUGACUAUCCCCUUCCUUGGCGGUCAGAACAACUUGGCAGACAAGGGCUGGAAAGAAGCCGUGUCCCUAGCUGUGCCACAGUGGGACUCUGCUGCUUCUGACUGCUGUGUAAGGGCUUGGGUGCCCCCAGGACUGGCCAGGAUGUAGGUGUCAGCUGCCACCUGUUGAACAAAUUAGGGGCGUUAUUCCUGGGUGCGGCCUGCAGUGCUGGGGCCCAGGGAAAGGAGAACAGUCUGGUGGGAGAGUGGGGCUCUCCUGACAGGACGGGCAGCCCCUGGCUGGGAGCUCCAUCCCUGAGCAAGGCCGAGCAGAGCUAGACUGGCAGGGCUGUGCAGGUGGGGCUCUGGCACCCACAGAGGCCAGCCUACAGUACCUGCUUCCAGGUGGGGUCUGCAGGCCACUCUGCACUGCCCUCUGUGGGUGCCCCAGGGGAGACAUGGUGUCAGCCCGAGGAGGCUGUCCUGGCACGUGAGGAGCUGCAGGGGAUACCCUCACUGCCAGCGUUUCCCAUGGGGCGGGGGGCAGACAGGGCCUGCCCAGGGUGCAUCUGGGUGCCAUUCAGCAUCGGCACCGUCCCCCACAGUCAGCCAUGGUCUGUGUUGGGGUGUGUGAAGGGGACGGGAGUCCCAGCACACAUCUUGUGGGUGCAGGGUGGUAGGAAGGGACUGGCGUGGGGGAUGAAGGGAUGAGAAAAGGAACCUGGGAGCUGCAGCCCCCACUAAGACCUCUCCUGGCCCGUCCUACCCGGCUCUGAGGGCAGAGCCCUUGGGGGCAGCUCAGGGCCACUGUAGGCAUAUGGGCUCCGGGGGGUUUGGACCCGGGGCAGGCAGCAGAGUUGGGCCAAACAGGACCCACCCAUGCUGCCCCUGAAGGCCUGCCUGACUGCACUGGGGAGGAGGCAGCCAGGCCAGCUUCUGUGGGGUUUUCCUGGUGCAUAAAGGUACUUGCACCUCAACCGCCAUUUAGCACAGAGCACGGCAUGUAUUAAGCACCCAGAGGCAUUGUGCUCAGUCUGAGGCAAGAGGAUGGUCAGGUGAGGCCCUUGUCCUGCCUCCAGUGAACUUGGGUUUUCUGAGAGGGAUGAGGGCUGCUGAGGAGGCCAGUGGCUUGCAGCUGGGGUAUUAGUAGAUCCAUAAGGGCAGUAGGGAGAACAAAGGUCCCAGCCCGCUUUGGGUCCAGCCACCAGUUCCGGGAGGUGAUCCAGGUGGAACCAGGCUCCUGCCAUGUGUCAGUGUGGCUCCCACAUUUUUCAAGGCAACUCCUCCAUUCCCCGCCCCCCACCCCAGUGUUGCACCAGCCUAGUCCAGCCUCCUUUGAACACCCUCUUGGGUUGUGCACAUCACUUCUGCUCCGUCCCUCCGACAGAUCCGAGCUGUUGGGGCACUGCCAGCUGCACGGGUGGCCGGACAGUGUGCGUGUAGUGAAUAGAGAGCACACACUGGGGAGUGGGUGGCAGCCAAAUCCAGGCCAGGUCUCCUGGCUCCCUCCCACCACCACACCCUCGCCAGCAGUCACUUGCCCAGGUCUCGGCCCCUCCUGUGAGGACAGAGCCCAGGAUGUGGCGGGUGGAGGCGGGCAUCAGCACCUGACCAGCGGGGCAGAGGAUCAAUACCGAGGCAGGCCAGGAGACCUGGGGCUGCUGACCCUCACCACUAACUCAGCUUCUGAAGCAGGGCUGGCACUCAGAGACAUGGCAUUGUCCUGUCCCCCAGCACCAGAGCCAAAUACUGGAACUUGUAGAGAAAGGCAAGUGGAGAUUUACUUACAGGCUGAACUGCAGGCUGGCUGUGGGUCAGGAAAAACAUCUCAAAGACUGGUCUCAGGAUCUAUUCUUUCAAAGGAGUCAAAUUCGGCUGUGUUAGUCUCUGGAGAGGUUCAUGCCCAGGGUAUCAUGUAAAACAAUGAAACAGUCAAGAAGUCAGCCAACAGUGGUGGACCUGGGUUGCCAGGGGUGGGCAGGGAGGUUUGCUCAAACCACAGUGCUGCGGAGUGACCGGGCCUGAGGCGCCUCAGCAGAGGCUCAGCUGCAAGGGGAGAGGCACGGCGCUGACUGGCCAGCAGAUGCCAAGCAGGGUAAACAGCAGGUGACAGUAACAGGCCCCACACUGCUACUGCAUGUUGCCUACAAAGGGCGGCUUUCCAGUACAGUGUGAACACAUGAAGAGACAGAAGUAUGGCUCAUGCCCUGGAAAAAGCAGACCACAGAGCUGCCUGUACACAUGAGAUGUCGGGUUUAACCAGAGACUUCAAACUGGCUGUUGUAAGUAUGGUUAGAGAACCAAAGGAAACCAUGCUUAAGGGGAGAAAGGAAGGAAGAUAGUCUAAUACACAUCAAAUAGAGAAUGUCAUUCAAAGAUAAAACUUGUUUACAAAUGAACCAGUGUAAGUUCUGGAGCUGAAAUACAGUAAAUGCAGUGGAAAACUCACUAGAGGGGCUUAACAGUAGGUGUGGACUGGCAGAAGAGCAAUUUGAUCAGAGGGCACAUAGUCCAGUGACCAGAGAGUACCAGGAAUGAGGAAAAGUGGUCAGCCUUGGAGAGAGCGGGACUCCACCACCUGCAUAAGGGAGUCCCGGCAGGGGAGGAGAGCGCUGGGCCCAGAACCCAGUCAGACAAGCAGCAGCCAGAAAAUCCUCAGACUGAUUGGGAAACGCUAAUCUGCAGACAUGGCAGGCUCAGUGAAUUCCAGUGGGUCAACAUAGAGAUUUGCAAACAGAAAAUCUUGAAGACAGUAAGAGAAGUGGCCAUCGCCCUUAUAGGGCUGGCAGCUGGCUUCAUGUCACCAUCAGCAGAGACCAGGGUAGGGGGGCCAAGUGCUCAAAGAAAAAGCCACAACCAGAAUCCUGUAUCCAGCAAAGCUCUUUCAGAAUGAGUGAAUUGAUAUUAGAAGUGAGAGAAUUUGUUGUCAGCAAGUUCUCAAGCUGAAGCAAGUGACCUUGGAUGGUAAUUCAAGUCCACACACACACACAAGCAGCGGUAAAGCAAUGGUGCUGUUACAUGAGGCCAUACACGUGCUAUUAACUUAUUUAAAAGGCGGUUGUAUAAAACAACAUGGAUAUAAUAUGCUGUUGGGCCUGUAACAUAGAAAUGGGAUGUGCUUGCCAAUAGCACAAUGGAGGUGGGCGGGAGCAAAGUUUGGGCUAGUGAACUAGUUCCAGAUAGUGACUCAGAUCCAUAGAAACAACCAGGAAUGAUAAAUAAAGUUAAUUUAACAAAAGUUAUGUAUGUAUCCCUAUCAGCUUCCGUGUCAACCAUGUGUUGUCAGAUUUGCCUCCUUUAUAGAUGUGGUUUGUGCCUAAUAAUACCAGGGAAAGGCGACACCUUUCCGGCUCCAGACGUGAGUGCACAUCGAGUAAAUCUGGUUAGAGGCACACUCGUGGCCGAGAGCACCCACUACCAAGGUGGCUCAUAGACAGUGACUCGCUACGGAAGUUGCAGCGCUGUUAGAAAACGCUAACACAAAAGAAGGCAAGCGAGGAGUAGAGGGACAGAAGGGACACAGGACUCAGCACUUGCCGGCCCUGGGGGACUGUCUGGCCACGACCACCCAGUGGAGGGUGGCAAGUGGUCCCUGACUCAGGUGUGGGAUUAAGGCUGGGCAGGGUGUGCGUGGUGUCCCUGAACUGCUCUGCCCCACCUGCAAAGAUAAGGGGCAGUUUGAUUCCAUGGCUCAGACACCUGAGCACAGUCCUCAGCCUCCCAGGGGCUCUCCGCCAUGCUCACCUCUGCCGAUUGGAGGUCUGCCCAAAGUACGGCCCUGCGAAGGACAGGGCAGGUGCCGCCACCUGGAUGUGGGAGACCGCGCAGAGAUGACCUAAGAGCUGGGGAGAGCAGGUGCGCUCCCCACAGUGUGAGCACUGGUUUAUUUACACUGACCUUCCUCGGCAGGCCCGCCUUAGAGAACUUGUUCACAUUUUGGUGCUAAAGCACGGGUGGUGUGAUGGCACGAAACAGCCUGCCCCUUGGUGCCCAUAGAGAGCCACGUGCACUUCCAGCAGGGGCCCAGGAGGGAGUCCGGGCGCCAAGCACCCUGCCUUCCCCCCAGGUCAGCAGAUGCUGGUCCCCACACCACCUGCAGUGCAGAGCCCCAGCAGUUUCCCAGUGGCCAGGCAGGCGGAGCAAGAUAAGAGAUUGUGGUCCCCAGGUUGGGAGGGGGUCCCCAGAAAAGAGCUUCAGAGGUGAGGGCCACAUCUAGCCAGGGAGGGGCAGGGCAGGGGCGGGGUGGCUCUCCUGCAUGCUCUGGGAACCUGGGAGAGGCAGGCUUGUUUCCCCAGCCCCAAUCUGUGAUGACUACCCCAGUCCCAGGACCCUUGGUGUCGACACCUGCGUCCUUUCAUCUGAACUGGGGGUGUCUUUUCCUUUCCAGACACCCUGGGCUGGCACAGGGGAAUGUUCAGGAAGGCAAGGAUGAGGGCAGCAGUUGUACAACUGAAAAGUUCUGCUAAAGCCCAGUGUCCGGUCUUAGUGGGAGUGAUGGGCGGAGCCUGGGCCACCAGUCCUGAGGCUCCGUGGCCUGUGGCGGGGGCCAAGCGAUGCACCCCAGCAUUCAGUCCCAGGGCGCUGGGGAGGCAGGAGGGAGAGGAGCCGACUCCAAGGAGUGGAUGUCAAGCUGAGAGAUCUGAAGCAAGUUCGGGCUGCAGGCAGAUGCUCAGAGAAGCAGGACCCGUGUCCCUGCCAGAGCCAGUGUGAGCAUGGGGGCCCAUAGGUGCCCGGGACGGUUCCAUGUACCCACGAGGAGAGGUGCCCCUCCACAGCUGUGGGUGUGGGGCUGUUUAUUCAUUUGUUUUUCAGGCCUGAGCAAGGCCUCCCAGAUCCCGGUGCUACCCGGCAAGUGGGACAGAGGUGACCAGGGUGUAGUUGCAGAAAGCCCUCCAUGUGGCCAGAGACAGGUUGCCCUGAAGCCACUGGCAGAGGGUUGGGGCUGCAGGGUGGACCUCUGCAGUGUUCCGUGGGAGAGCAGCCUGGGCAACUGGGAGGGCUUCAUGGAGGUGGUAAGCUGGGGGCUGGGCCUGAGAGGAUGCAUAGGAGAUCCCCAGUUGGGAAGUCAGGAGAAGCCUUAGGCAGAUGGAGAGUGCCUGGAGGCUGGGCACCUCCCGUGGUCCUGCACACUCUGCUCAGGUUGUCCUCCCUGACUGCGCAGGUGUGGGAGGUAGGCCCCUGGGACCGCCCUCGGGCCUCCUGCUGUGCCUCUCGCCCUCCAUAGCACCCUCUGACACCUUUAAGUAAUUUUGCCCCUUUUUAUGGGGCCAUACAUUUUAAUUAAGGGCUUUUUCCCCAGAAAUCCCUUGGCUCAGAGUGAGGCUCCCUCUUGGCUCAGGUGCCUUCCUGUUGCCAGCUGCCCUAACGAGGACACCUAUAAAUCUCUGUUAUUUGUGGUUCCAAAAAUGAGGCCAUGGUUCUCAUUGUGCCUCAUUAAUUAGACAGACAUUUUUAAGAUAUCAGAGACGGGCCUGGGUGCCAGGUGAGGGAAGGUGGCAGAAGGUGGGUGGGCAGCUUCUUGGAGAGAAGAGCCCAGGCCUGGGAGGCCUGUGCAGUUGGGGAUGUGCCCCCUCAGAAGUGCUGACCAUCUGCCCCAGGGUCGGCCCAGCCCCCACUCUGCAGGACCCUAGGCCCAGGCUGAGCUCAUUCCUAUACUCGGCCCCUUGGCCAUCACCAUGGGGCCCAGCCUCAUUUUACUUUGGUCCUGAAAGGGAGAGUCCCUGUGUCCUGGGAGGCUUUGCAGCAUCUCACUGGUUUUCUGUCUGGGGUCCACUGGCACCACUUCAAAGCUCUGCCCACUCAGAGGGGCUCUGUCCACUGCUUUCAAAUGAGAGAAUUUAAAAAAUAAAACACAUACUUUACUGCAGCUAAAACAAUUAAGUCAAUUAAACAGCUUGUUUACUGAACUCAGAGUAUUCAAGUAAUUGAAUCGUCUUCUCCAACCUGCCGUCUGCCGGGUAACAAAUGCAUGCUGGAUGUCUCCGUCGUCACUGUUCAUAUUUUACGGCCCCGCUCUGAGAGCCACCGAGGCAGCCCUGGGCGACCCUGAGCUACAGAUGAGGGGCGUGGGGGGCGGGGGUAGUGCUAAGCCACUGUUUCGGGGACAGGCAUGUGACCCUUCAGUCUCAACGCCACUUUGGAAGCUGCAGUAAGGCCCAAGGGCUGGCACAUGCCCCUUAACAGGAGACAGUUUCUGUUUGGAGUAAAGUUCUGGAAGUAGGUGGUGGUGGCUAGUGAGAACAUACUCAGUGCCACUGACCUGAAGCCGUGGGUAAAACGUGAUAAAUUUGCCACGCUUAAAACAGGUAGAGACAGAUAGGCCUGGUUGAUCAGGACAUAGAGGCCUCAGAGGAGAGGCGAAGCCACUGAGAUGAGCACCAGCAGGCAACCCCUAGGUGGACAAGAGUGGGGCAAUGUCACCAGCGCCCAGGACGGGCCACCGAGGACCACACCUGAGGAUUCAAGAUGAGGGGAUGCCUUGGCUUGUCCUGUCCCCUCCUCCCCGUUGCCCUUCAGCAGCCAGUCCUCUGGAAAUGCAGGGAUGGUGCUCCACAGUGUCCAUGGGAAGGGCUACUCCUGGGGGGCCAGUCUCGUCCAGUCCUUCAGUCAGGAGAUAUUUCCUGAGCACCUGCUCUGGGCAGGCAUGGCCCUGGCCCAUUGCUGGUCUUGGGUGGAGUCAGGCCUGGAGAAGCUGGGAGGAGGUUGCGUGUCUGGGCAGGCAGGGCCUCUGGCGUGUGUCCUCGGCCUGUGGGUGGGGCUGGCCCUCCAGCUCACCCUGACCUGGGCGCUUUGUGCAUCUGUACUGCUUUCCUCCACUUCUAGCCUCUGUCAUCUCAAGUCUUCAAACAUUUACUGAGUGCCUGCCAUGUGCCAGGCCUGGGCACUGGGGGCACUUGAGGGGCCAUGGUUUGAAAGGGAUGACAAACAUGUCACCAACCAAUACUGGCACAUUUCCACAGCCUUGGGACCUGGGGUGUGUCCUGGACGUCUCUCUGAAAGGCCAUUUGCCAGCAGCAAGGAGGAUGGGCCGUCCAGGUGGGGCCCAGCACAGGCAGAGGUGGGGGCUGUUCCUGGUGAGGCAACGGGACAAGUGUGUGUGUCCAUGGAGGCGUGCAAGAAGGAAGACGUGCCUCGUUCACAGCAGCUUCCAGAACCUUGCCCUCCUGCCUGUGUCCUCGGCUGUCUGACCCUUGACUCUGGGGCCACUGACGCUCCUAGGCACCUUCUUGUCCCCAUCCUCCCUGGGGACCUGCCCAUCGGGGUGUUAAUUCCAUCAUGUGCUGACAACCCUCCGGUGUCCAUCUCCAGCCCAGCAUCUCCCUGGGCUCCCUGUAGUGGCUCAGAUGUAAGGCGCCAGGACAGAACCUCUACUGGCCCCAAACCUGGGCGCCCUUUGACCUCUGUAUGUCCCAGCCACGCCCAGCAGCAGGGAGGUCUUUGGUGUGACACAGCUCAUGGCACCUUGUGCAUGGGACCAACCCCCUUUCACUCCCCAGGCCCCCAGCUCUCCCUGCCUGCACCCCGCCUCUGUUUGCCACGACAGCCAACAUGACCUUGGUGUAAGUCAGUGGGAAAAGAGCACGCAGUGCCAGCCCCUUUCAGACUCCCACCUCGCCAGUGAAAAUCCCAGCCCCAACAGGGUGCCUGCGGAUGGGGCCACCCUGCAAGGGGCCCAGGGUGUGGGGCCCUCCCUCCCGCCUUCAGCUGCCUGCUCCCACACGUUAUCAGUUGGGCUUCUCCAGAGAGACAGGCCCAAAGGGAUGUUUGUAUAAGCAUCAGGAGGUCCCCUGAGUUGCUGGUGCGCACCGCCAUCAGCAGCCGCCAGGAAUCACGCUGGCCUGAGGAGGUGGCUCAGCAGUGCCUCGGGGCCCGGUGCAGUGAUGCCCCAGGUCAGGCCUCCGCCCCACACAGGCCCAGGAUGUCCGCAGGCGCCCCGCCAGUGUGCUCUGGAGCACUCAGAGGCCUGUGCACAGGCUUCCUGGCACAGCGGCCGCCUCCCCCCUCGUGCUGGCCUGGGAAGCGGCUCAGCCCUCAAGGCCCUGGGAAUGAGGGAGGCCCCGGGAGCCCACCCAGGCAGUGCGGGGCCUUCCUCACCUCUGAUGAGAAGUCAGCUGUGGAGGGGUUCUGCUUAGUGCCGGGGAGACCUGAGCUGGGUCAGCCUCAGCCUACCAGGGACUUUGCUCAGUUCCCCAAUAAGGUGCUUUUCAUGAAGGCCUGAGGAGGGGCCGCUCCACCAGGAGCCUCCUGGCGCCCCCACCAGCUGCCUGGGCUCAGGAUGAGCCCUUCCCCCUCCCCACUGCACGCACCGGGGGCCAGCUGACUGCAGGACUGGGUGCCACGCAGCUCUAAGAUGCGCUUCGCUCAGAGACACAAAGGCCUCUUUCCCUGGAGGAGGAGGCCUGGGAGGUGCCUGGGAGCCAAGGAAAGUUCUUGUGAGGACAUCAGAAAGACGGCUGUCCACAAGCCGAGAAGCCAGCUCCCACCAGAAACCUUAUCAGCUGGUGCCUCAUCUUGGACUUCCCAGCCCCCGUAUCCGGGAGAAAUAAAAGCCUGCUGUUGAAGCCGC